CGACUUCUCAUCAAGAAGAUUCGCAUCCGCAUCCACUGCACUUCAAACCCCAAUCCUCCGCCUCACCAUUGCAGUACUGGAGCUGACUGCCAGUAUCACCUGUGUAUACUGAGCUCUAUUGAAUCAUACAAAUCAAAUUGCGACCCGACGAAAGGUUCUCCACCGCGCACGCUACCUUUCGAGGCGUAAAGCCUCUGCGCGUAGACUUCUUUCGCGACACUCCGAUCUCACUCAACCGCGACCCUACCUUAUUUACACCCCCCUCUCCUCACAGCAAUGGUUUCUCUACCUUCUCAAACGGCCGAUGAGGCUGUCCGUACCUCUGCGAAGCGUACCGCCGACCUUUUCGGCACAGAAUACCUGAUGGUCACACCCUCGACCCUGGCAGACGGCUCAAUCGGCUUGUCUUACCGACGAAAAGCAGAAUACCAAGAUGUGAUGGAAUUGCCCCCAGCAUUGGCUGAAAAGCAGGCAAAGGCCGCUGCAGGACGCACAAAACGACCCAAGAUCCAACCAGCUCAGACUCAGUCUGCAGGUGAUGGCAGCGGUGCUUCGAUGGCCCUCGUCAGGAGACCCGCGGGUGUGGGCGCAGGCGCCGCUGGUGGCGAGGACCAGCCCAAGAGUUUGAUUCAGAGACCUUCGGCGACGAAGCAACAACGGCCGGACUGGCACGCGCCGUGGAAGUUGAUGCGUGUGAUCUCGGGACAUUUGGGUUGGGUACGAGCUUUGGCGGUCGAGCCGAAUAACCAGUGGUUUGCCAGUGGUGCUGGUGAUCGGACAAUUAAGAUUUGGAAUAUGGCGACGGGUGCAUUGCGACUUACCCUGACGGGUCACAUCUCAACUGUGCGCGGUCUGGCAGUCUCACCCCGGCAUCCAUACCUUUUCUCGUGCGGUGAGGAUAAAAUGGUCAAGUGCUGGGAUUUGGAGACGAAUAAGGUCAUCCGCCACUACCACGGCCAUCUUAGCGGUGUAUAUACAUUGGCACUACACCCUCGCCUGGAUCUACUUGUUACCGGUGGUCGUGAUGGUGUAUGCCGUGUCUGGGACAUGCGCACACGAAGCAACGUUCACGUUCUUGCCGGACACAAGGGCACCGUCGCCGACAUCAAGUGCCAAGAGGCCGAUCCUCAGGUUAUCUCCGGCUCGCUAGACGCCACGGUGCGGCUCUGGGAUCUGGCAGCUGGCAAGUCUAUGGGCGUUCUGACGCAUCACAAGAAGGGUGUUCGUGCACUUGCCACUCACCCCACCGAAUUUACUUUUGCUAGUGCCAGCACCGGCACCAUCAAGCAGUGGAAGUGCCCAGAGGGUGACUUUAUGCAGAACUUUGACGGCCAGAAUGCCAUUAUCAACACGCUUUCCGUCAACGACGAGAACGUUAUGUUCUCUGGCGGUGACAACGGCUCCAUGUCGUUCUGGGACUGGAAGACUGGAUAUCGGUUCCAGUCCAUGGACAGCAUGGCCCAGCCCGGUUCCCUCGAUGCUGAAGCGGGUAUUAUGGCCUCGACCUUUGACCGGACUGGUCUGCGUCUCAUUACCGGUGAGGCGGACAAGACUAUCAAGAUCUGGAAGGAGGAUGAGAAUGCCACGCCCGAGACUCACCCUGUGACAUGGGCUCCUACUCUUGGCAGACAGCGGUUUUAGAGAGUUUCCUUUAGCCAAUUGUUCUCAAUUGUUAAUACCCUUCUUGUCUGCUUGGUCUUUCUUGUUACGGCACUGGGUGGCGUUCGGGGGUGGUUCAAGUGCUUGGCCUGUGAUUCCGAAGUUCGGGCAUUGGGAGAAAAUCAUCUUUGGAGAAAGAUUUUACGGCUCAGGAAAGAUUCAUGUUUUAUACAAGUAACACCAUACAAGGCACUUAUUGAGUGCUCUACGCAAAACUUCUUCCCAGUCUA